AUGAACGCCAUAAUGGGCUGUCCAUUUCUUCUCCCUACGGUUCGUCUGAAUGAUAUUCCCUCUCAACUCCUCGCCGUGACUAUUAAUUGUUGCAUUGAAUCGGUUAACAUUUUUGCAAACCGGAUGGCAUUACUGGCCACAAGCAAGGCUGUCCGAAGAAACAUCCUGGAUCACCCUCUUGCGUCCACUUUCGUUUGCCGUCUCAUCCAAAUCGCCACUUUGCGGUUUUGCAUGCACACCCUUCUCCUGAGCAAAUCUCGAGAUGCAGCCCUUUCAGCAGCUACUCUGGACAUGCCGAAACCGGCAUCGGAGACGCUAAAAACAAUGACCUACGACCCCGACUUCGUAGCUUUGCCCUUAGCACGUCGUGCCACCUGUCCGCCGAGUGUUAAAAGUGUCUUGCUUCGAAAAAAAGCGGCAAACACCUCGACAGGUGAUAUGAAAAAGCGGGCUUGUGCCACAAGCCGAGACCUCUCGCGCCGUGGCGAUGAAGGCGAUAGUAGCGAGGAUACUGAUUCCAGCUCGACGGGAGGAACUACUGAAUUGGAUAAUGACGAUCCCGAAACCAUGGCCGUAAAUCGGCAAGCCGAAAAAACCGGCAACACUGGUGUUGGUACCAUGAGUGAGAAGUACUCUGGUCUGGUUUUUGACCCACUUCUCAUAUCCAUGACGAUCUGCUUCCGCGAGCUUGAGCUCGCCGCGAUUCUUAUCGGUCUCCAGAGCCCUCUGCAGCCGCCGCGUGACUUCAAGUUUCCGCAAGCUACAGAUGAUAUUCUCGAGCUGCCUAUCUCAGAGGCAAUCAAUUCGAUUCAUGACAUCUCUAAGGUGAAACACGCUGGGAAGGAAAAGCCACUGGAUGUGCACCUUGAUUGGAUUACAAUUUUUUACCUACUUCACGACCUCAAACUUAAAGUGGACCAUAUGUUUGGUGCGGACCUGAGGCACGUGACAGGGUGGUAUGCGUUUGAACGUUUGGAUGCUUUAUCAACACCACUUCGACAGCUCUACCUUCUUGCCCUCAUUCCCUGCCUUGUGAACAUUGUGAACUCACUGACUCUCUACUUUAAAGAUGUUAGUGGUGAAGAGACGGAGGAGGAUCACUUUGUCAAUCUGCCUCGUAGCCAAUCCAAUCUGUUCUUGGGCGAUUGCUUAUCUGCUGGAAUAUACUGCCUUACCGCCCUCUCUACCGGCAUUCCUCCUAGUGUCAAUCUUCUUCGGUCUCCUGAGGCUCUAAUUUCAAGGGCACAAAAUCUAAGUAACGCGUGUCUUUCUCGUCUCAGACAUCUUGCCGUCUGUUUGGACGAUCACAGGCUGGCACCUGUCACUGUGGCCAAAACCAUUAUUGGUCAGGGCCAGCUUCCUGCCAUCUCGAUGUUGGACGAAGACGAGUUGGAGCUUUCCACAAUCGGCAAGCCAACAAGUGUUUCUGAAGAAGCGAAUGAUCAAAACAUUCCCCACAAAGACUAUCUGUGUGCGAUUGUCGCCAUGCAUCUGCAUUCACCGUUCUUCGGCCCGUGUUCGACUCCUGUUGAUGAUUGUUUGGGGAUAUUUUUGAAUCUAAUCAAGUCAAAUCUCUUGCCCAUACUGCUGCAGCAGCCAAAAAACCAGGUCGAUCCGUGCGGGCACCUUCGCUACUCUAACCUCACGAGCCAUAACGUUGGCAUGUAUGGGAAGAAGUUGUUAGAGGCUUUGUGCAGGCAAGUCGUUAUUUGUGUUCGAAAGCUAGCUAAACAGACUAUGAACGCUGGCAAGUCGACUUCAGUCAUCGACCUGUUAACUCAGUGGAAUUCAUGUGUGGGUACACUGGUCUCCAUUACCGAUGUCACGAAGGACGCCUGCGGUGGAGAUAUUCCCCCCAGUAGAGCGUUUUUCGAUCUCCUACCGGGUCUCAUGCGAACUGGGCGCGUCUUUUUGGAGAACCUCCUUCGGUGUGCAAUGCCUUUCUUCAACGCACUAUUUAGAACCCACGCUUCGGAGGUGCUGGCUUUCCUGCGCAAUGUGCAGCAGUUAACCCGCUUCCUUCAGCGCACCUGUGUCCACGCCAAAACCCGCAGGGAGGCGAGGCUCACUCCGCUCAUCCCGCAGACGCGAAAAUGUCUUGAAGCUUUCGUCUACAGUGUCAAGCUUCUACUGUCUCAGAAUAAAUGCGUGGAUGCCUUCUGGCUAGGAAAUCUCAAGAAUCGCGACCUCUCGGGACAGGAAGUUGGCUUCAAGGAGCUCUCAACUCGGCACUCCACCCAAAUAAGUGGCGCUUCAGCUGGCUCAUCUUUACCAGGCAGUCAGGUAACCGGGGGCUUUUCUAUCGAAGUGGAUGAGCACGACGAAGAAACCGAGUCCUCUCGAGAUGCCAUCGCAAAUGCCAAAUCGGACAUUGAGGAUGACGAUGUCGAGGAAUCUACUGAUAUUUCUGAUGACUACGAAGAGGACGAUGGAGAUGGGAAGGAGAUUUUCUAA